AUGGAUGAGGUUUUCUCAUUGCACAUGGAAAAGCUCGAUGUCUACGAUGUACUUCUCCUGGCCGGCAUUCUCUCGGUGAUAAUUUUAAUAUGUAUUUAAUUUAAAUGCUAUUUUAUUUCCAAGCACGACAAAAAUGUAGCCCAACAAAUGCAAUGUCGUUGUGAAAUUACAACGCGAAUGAUGUACCAAAGCGUAAUUUGUAAAACAUAUGUGGCGAACUAGUGUUGAAAAACGAGCAACACGGCUGCUAGAGAUGCGGUAUUAAUAUACAAUUAAUCUACCAAGUUGAAUGUACUAACAAAAACAAAAAAUAAUUUUAGCAUCAUUUAUGUACAAUAGUUAAAGAAAGAAAUUAAUCGUUAGUAACCUCCAACAACAAUUAUGGUUUUGCUCAGAACUUGGUAUUAUUUUUGCCGUUAUGUUAGACAACUCUAUAAGUUAAUACAAUUUGUUUGUAAAGACUGAUUUCUUGUAUGUAGUUGAUUAAGAAGAUCCGCAAAUUUAACGAAAUAAAUUUUACAAUACAGAAGCUAAACAAAAACCGAUGUGAAUAAUGUGAAAUGUAAAACGUAUUAUUUAAUAAAUAAUGUUUUGAAUAUUA